AUGAGUGUUUCAAAGUUCGUUUACGUAGUCAUAUUGAUUGUUUUAAUUAGUAUAAGCAAUAAUGGCGUGGAUGCAUUUCACAAAGUUUUCAAGAGAUUGCAAUCUCAAUCAACAUCAUUGGAGAAAGUGAGUCCUCUUCAGAGACCGGCUUAUCACUUUCAACCUCCCCGCCAUUGGAUCAACGAUCCUAAUGCCCCAAUGAUCUACAAGGGAAUCUACCAUUUCUUCUACCAAUACAAUCCAAGAGGUGCGGUUUGGGGUAACAUUGUGUGGGCGCACUCGGUUUCUAAGGACUUGAUCAAUUGGGAAGCCCUUGAACCAGCCAUCUACCCAUCCAAAUGGUUCGACAUCAACGGUACAUGGUCCGGUUCAGCUACCCAUGUACCGGGAAAAGGACCGGUUAUUCUCUACACGGGUAUCACCUAGAACCAGACUCAGAUCCAAAACUAUGCCAUUCCCCAAGACCUUUCUGACCCAUACCUCAAGAAAUGGAUUAAACCAGACGAUAACCCAAUCCUAAAGCCCGACCAUGGCGAGAACGCAUCCGAUUUCCGUGACCCGACCACGGCUUGGUUCAACAAAAAAGAUGGGUAUUGGAGAAUGCUUGUUGGCUCAAGGAAUAAUCAUAGAGGAAUCGCUUAUAUGUACAAAAGUCGUGACUUCAAGAAAUGGGUCAUAACCAAACGUCCGAUCCACUCAAGCAAUAAGACCGGUAUGUGGGAAUGUCCCGAUUUCUUCCCGGUAUCUUUAAACGACAAGAAAAACGGUUUGGACUUCAGCUACGACGGUCCAAACAUCAAGCAUGUGUUGAAAGUUAGUUUGGACUUGACCCGAUACGACUACUACACUCUUGGUAAGUAUGAUACGAAGACAGAUCACUACAUACCCGACGGUAACACUCCUGACGGUUGGGAUGGUUUGAGAUUUGAUUAUGGUAACUUCUAUGCGUCGAAGACAUUCUUUGAUGACAAGAAGAAGAGAAGGAUUCUUUGGGGUUGGGCCAAUGAAUCCGACACCGUUGCAGAUGAUACCUUGAAGGGUUGGGCAGGAGUUCAGCUUAUCCCAAGAACAGUUUUGCUCGACUCUAGCGGUAAGCAACUAGUAUUUUGGCCUAUUGAAGAGAUUGAGUCAUUGAGAGGAAAGAAUGUCCAAAUGAACAACCAGAAAAUGGAGAAGGGCCAACGCUUUGAGGUCCAAGGAAUCACUCCUGCUCAGGUGGAUGUGGAUGUGACAUUUAACGUUGGAAGUCUAGAAAAGGCCGAAAAGUUUGUCGCAAGCUUCACAACCAAACCACUAGAGUUGUGUAACAUGAAGGGUUCAAAUGUGACAGGCGGAGUCGGACCUUUUGGUCUGAUCACGUUGGCUACAUCUGACCUAGUAGAAUACACUCCUGUUUUCUUCAGAGUCUUCAAAGAUGCCUCAACCAACAAGCCUAAGGUCCUCAUGUGCUCUGACGCCAAACCUUCGACUCUCAAAACAGACACCGGCGCUGACGCCAAACAGAGGAUGUAUAAACCAUCGUUUGCUGGAUUUGUGGAUGUCGAUCUCGCUGAUGGAAAGAUCUCUCUAAGGAGUUUGAUUGAUCACUCGGUGGUGGAGAGCUUUGGGGCAAAAGGAAAGACAGUGAUAACAUCACGAGUGUAUCCGACAAAGGCAGUAGGAGAAAAAGCUCAUUUGUUCGUAUUUAACAACGGAUCACAUCCAGUGACCGUAGAAAGCCUCAAUGCAUGGAACAUAACUAUGCCUAUGAAGAUGAACCAAAGAGCUAAAUAA